AUGUUCUACUCUACUCUCGCCACGGUUUCCUUGGCCAUCACCGGCGCCAUCGCCUCGCCGGCCGCCUCGCCCUUCGAUCUCAUGAGGAGGCAAGGCAUCACUCCCAACUCGGUCGGCACCCACGAUGGUUACUACUACUCUUGGUGGUCCGACGGCGCUUCCCCCGUCACCUAUACCAACCUUGCGGGCGGCUCUUACAGCGUCCAGUGGCAGUCUGGUGGCAACUUGGUCGGUGGAAAGGGUUGGAAGCCCGGGUCGGCUAAGAACAUUACCUACUCGGGAACCUGGACUCCGGUCAACAACGGCAACUCUUACCUCACUGUCUACGGCUGGACCCGUAAUCCCUUAGUCGAGUACUACAUUAUCGAAAACUUCGGCGAGUACAACCCCGGAAGCUCCGCCACGCCCAAGGGCACCGUCCAGACGUCGGAAGGCACGUAUAAUCUCUUCCAGAGCACGCGUGUACAGCAGCCUUCCAUCGAGGGAACCUCCACAUUCAAUCAGUACUGGGCCAUCCGAACCGAGAAGCGCACCGGCGGCACUGUUGACACUGGUAUCUUCUUCGAUGCUUGGGAGAAGGCCGGUAUGCCUCUCGGCACUCAUGACUACAUGGUCGUCGCUACCGAGGCUUACAGGAGCGCUGGUAGCUCUCACAUCACUGUUGAGUCUCCUCCUUGA